AAGUUCCAUUCAUCUAUAUAAACAAUAUUCAUUGAUUCUUCCACAUUCAUACUUUUAUCUCCACACACUUAAACACUCCUUCAAUCUUCUUCUUCUUCUUCUCCCCAAGAUCAUGUUUCUGUGGAUUCGAAAUGUACUGUGUGCUUGCUCAAGCAACAACACUAUUGACAUGAUUGGCGAUGUUAACAUUGAUGAAUUUGAUACUGAUCCUUUAGGGUGGUCAAUGAGAGUACUUAAGCAUCCAUUCGGUGAAGUCUCCAUGGCUGCGGUACAGGCAAAUGAAAAUAUGGAAGGUAUCAGCGAGCUUGACAUUGGGGACAUAGCACUUUUUGUUGGAAUUUAUGAUGGCCAAAAUGGCACCUUUGCUUCCGAAUUUCUGAGUGAUAGACUCGUCUCGGCUCUACUAUGUGAUAUUGAUCUGAAUGGUCAAAAUAUGUCUGAAGAUAUUCUGAGGCAAGUUGUUGAUAAAAUGGAGAAAAAGUUUAUGGAAAAAGCUGACGAGUUACAUGACCAUCAGCCGGGGCGAGUUCUAGCUAGUUCUAGCUGUUUGUUUUGUAUUGUAUGGAAAGGGAAACUGUAUGUCGCUAAUGUUGGCGACUCCCGUGCUGUAAUGGGUUCUUCGGGUCUAUUUGGUAGACUCCGUGUUCAGCAGUUGGUCAGAGAUCACAAUGCUGGUAACGAGCAUAUUAAAGAAGAACUCAUGAGAUUGCAUCAGGAUGAUCCGAAUAUUGUGAUGUAUAUCCGUGACGCAUGGCGUGUUCGAGGGGUAAGCGAGGUGAGCAGAUGUAUAGGAAAUGCAUAUUUGAAGCGGGAGCCUUUCACUUUAGACCCGUCCUUCAAUGUCCCGCAGACAGAACUUGCGCCUUCUGAUUUUACCCGACCUUUGCUAUCAGCAGAACCCGAGACAUACUCAAGAGAAUUAGACAGUGGGAGGUUCAUCAUAUUUGGUUCCGGUGGACUUUGGAAAUUGCUGACAAAUGAAGAAGCGGCUAAAAUUGUGAAUACCAAUCCACGACAAGGAAUUGCAAAGAGACUUGUGAUGAUUGCUCUAAAGAUUGCAGCAAGAAAAAAUAAUAUGACCUACAGUGAGCUUUUGGCGGUUCCUAGGGGUCCAAGGCGUGAGUAUCAUGACAAUAUCGUUGUGACGGUUGUAUUUCUCGACAAAAGGCCAGAUGUGAUGACCCCACGGCCAAGGAUCAAUUGCUUCAGAAGCUUCUUUGACACGGCUCUUCGUUCAAAUUUUCACUAUCUGUAUGCUCAUAAUACAGCUUUUUGUUUGGGUAUGGGAAAUUAUUCCUAGAACUGUACAUAGGAAAUAAACUUGGGGCGCUCUGCCUAAGUUUGGAAAAGAGACCUCAAACUGUAAUAUCGCACAUGGUUUAAUAUUCAUCCAAUUGUCUUUUGUUUUCA